AUGAGCUCUAGGGUGCUGAACUGGCCGCGGACCAAGUCCGCGCUGCUGAAGCAGCAACAGCAGCAACAUCAAGCUUCCAUCUGCAAUGGACAGCCGACCACAAAACUCGAUUACCACACUCGUCGUCUUUUUUCGUCCUCCGCCGAUCGACCGAUCAAUCAGAGCGCCGACUUCUCUUCCACCAGCCAGAGCUAUGAUCGUUUAGGUCGUCGGGCGAAGGAGAAGCUGCUGGACCGCGAAUUCUUCCUCAGUCUACUGAACUCGGCAUCUACCAAGCGUGAAGCCAAAUCGUAUCUGGCCCGUCUCAAAGCUCAACACUCCCCAACCCCACCUCCGAAACCGAGCAUUGAACAAAGUAAGGAGGCCGUGGCUCUUUCGUCGCCGUCGGGUGUCAAUCUGGGAUCAUUCUAUGGUGCCUCGCGCUCGGUUUACGACAGUCCGGUCUUCAGGCAUGACUCAACUCCUACCCCUCCCCCGCAGGAGAUACCGGAGAUGCGACUACACCUGGCCUUGAUCAAACUCAAGGCCCCUCAGCAACUAGAAGACUCGGUCGUUCAUGGAGUAGCUAAGACAUUUGCGCAAUUGAAUCGCCUGGGCAUGGGCUGCUGCGUUGUGGUCGAUCCGGGACCCAUGGACGAUGCGAAUGCGUCGCGAAAGAUCGCCGCCGACCAAGCAGACCGCAUCGCUGCUGCCGUUGAUGCCCAACCCGAUUCCAAAUCCACCCACCUGGAUUCGGUUUUGACUCUGCCCUCGAAAACUCCGGAUACCCCGACGGUUCUAUCGCGGAAGGCUCUUUUGAACCCUCUCCGCGAUGGGCACACGGUCAUUAUCGCCCCGAUCGCCUACACGGAAGAUGUCCCUCGAGCGGUGACUUUAUCGGGCGAGGAUGCUCUCCUCGCCCUUACAAAAGAGCUGGCCGGUCUUGCAAGCGUCCCGCAUCCCGAUGAAGACCCGUGGCUUACGGCCCAAAAUAUCAAAAGAUUGCAGCAAGAAGUCUCGCUAGAUCGAGUGAUUCUACUGGACCCUCUUGGAGGCAUCCCUGCAUUCAGUGGCCCGCAAACCUCACAUGUAUUCAUCAAUAUGGAGCAGGAAUUCGACGAUAUUGAAACCCAGUUACUUCAAGCCCAGCAGUCGGCAGCGACAGGGCCUGGCUCAACACAGGCAGAGCCCACUGGUGGAGUCAAGCAGCGUACUCCAGCACAAGGUAGCCUUGUGGACGAUCACCUACACAACCUGCGCCUAUCCCAGAAGGCUCUCGCUAUGCUACCCUCGGCAUCGUCCGGGAUCAUUACUUCGCCGGCUGAAGUCGCCAACUCAGCCCGAUCGCCGCAGGCUGCACCGGCACUGUCCGCCGUGGGCACUCGACGACAACGAAACCCGUUGAUCCAUAAUUUGCUUACCGACAAGCCUUUAUUGUCGUCUUCUCUGCCUAUGAGCAGACGUGAAGCGAUCAGUGGCGGACGGGGAAACAUUUUUACACCCAGCUUACACACGACCUUUGUCAAGCGGGGUAUGCCACUCACUAUGAUCCCUGAUCCGCGAGUGGAGGUGUGGACUGCGCAGAAUCGCCCUCGAUUGAGCCUGGACGACCCCAGCAUUGACCUGCCACGUUUGGUACGUCUGAUCGAAGAUUCGUUCAACCGCAAGCUCGAUGUCCAGGACUACUUGAACCGAGUCAACGACCGGCUUGCCGGGCUGAUCAUCGCCGGAGAAUAUGAAGGGGGCGCUAUCUUGACCUGGGAGCUUCCUCCGGGUGUGGAGGAUGACGGAAGUGAAGCGAGUCAGGCUCGUAUGGUUCCAUACUUGGACAAGUUUGCGGUACUGAAACGCAGCCAAGGGGCAGGAGGCGUGGCGGACAUCGUGUUCAAUGCGAUGGUCCGGACCUGUUUCCCUCAGGGGGUGUGCUGGCGCAGCCGCAAGGACAACCCGGUGAACAAAUGGUAUUUUGAGCGUUCCGAGGGAACGUGGAAGUUGGCCGACACGAACUGGACCAUGUUUUGGACAACCCCUGGAUUGCCGGAGAAUUCGCAACUCUUCCGCGAUUACGAGGGCGUGUGUCGCGGCAUCGAGCCCAGCUGGGCUGAUGACACCGGAGUGAUUGAUUGA